AUGCGAGAGCUCCGCAAUUGUAUCUACAACUAUGCGCAAGACCCACGCGAUGUUCGUCUGAUCCACAAGCCCGCCCAGCAACACGAGCAGACAAAUACGACUGAACGACAGUUUUUCGGUCUCACACAAGCCUGCCGCCAGCUCCGAGCAGAGUACAUGCCUAUUCACAGGGCGCAGACCAAGGCUUACAUCCAGUGUCAGGACUCGGUUUCUUAUAUCAAGACCUUCAUUCUUCCUACCGGUGCAGACCCCAAGCAAGCUCGCGGAAACGUCAUCGUCCAAUUGCCAGACCAAUGGUAUGAAUCUCGGGGCGCAUCACCCCCUCAAAGGGACAUCAUACAUGCCAUAAAUCUCUGCAGAAGCGCUCCACAGGUUAACAUAGCCUUCGCGCUACGCGAUGUCCCGCUAUCGCAGAGCCGUUUUGCAAGCCGCCGUAUGCAGGAUAUUCUGCGCGACCUCGAACAGCCGGAAGCUACGCCUGAGCUGCACGAUUUCAUCCAACACUCCGUCGAGCAUGUAGAGUGUUGGAUAGAGAUGCGGCUCGAUGAUUUGAAUUAUCACUUGAAUGAUUACGUCCAUGUAGUAUUCAACGUCGAUGAGGAGUGGAAAGAUUGCUUGUCGGAUGGGUGA